AACCAGAGCCAGCAGCCCACACUUCCCUCCCUGCUGGGUCCUGCGUGGGGCAGGAGGAGCUGUCUGCACCCACUGCCGCUCUCUGCUCCGGGGCUAAUGAGAGGGAAGCAGAGAGUGUGACUAUACACACCACGGAUUCACAUGAGAGCUUUGAAGAAAGCCAGCAGGGAAAAUGAAAAGCAACUGGAAAAUUACAGCCUUCUGCUAUGUGUGUAGUUUUCUGUGGUCUCUCAUCUCAGCCACCAUCCAGCAACAAUCAAGACUACCAGUCAUUCUUGGUGCCAGUCAGAGAACUGAUCUCUGCCCAACAAUAAGGAUUGGUCAAGAUGACUUACCAGGCUUUGACCUGAUUUCUCAGUUCCAAAUAGAAAAAGCUGCGUCCCAAGGAAUUAUCCAGAGAGUACUGGGCUCCACUCCUCUACAAGUGGCUUAUAAAUUGGGACCCAAUGCAGACUUCAGGAUCCCAACUAGUGCCAUAUAUUCCAAUGGAUUGCCCGAUGAAUAUUCCUUUCUAACUACUUUUCGGAUGACUGGGGCCACACUUCAGAAAUACUGGACUAUUUGGCAGAUUCAGGAUUCUUCAGGGAACGAACAAGUUGGAGUGAAUCUUAAUGGUCAAAUGAAAAGUGUGGAGUUUUCUUAUAAAGGAGUGGAUGGAAGUCUCCAAACUGCAUCAUUUUUGCAUUUGCCUUUCUUGUUUGACUCCCAAUGGCACAAGCUUAUGAUAAGUGUGGAAACAAACAGUGUCACACUUUUUAUUGACUGUAUUAAAAUAGAAACCUUAAACAUAAAACCAAAAGGGAAAAUCAGCGUUGAUGGUUUCGCUGUGCUUGGAAAACUUAAAAAUAAUCCUGAAAUUUCAGUUCCGUUCGAGAUCCAGUGGAUGGUGAUUCACUGCGACCCGCUGCGGCCCCAGCGCGAAGGCUGCGGGGAGCUGCCGGCCCGGAUCAGCCAGACGGUAAUCGAGAGAGGUCUCCCCGGUCCACCAGGCCCCCCGGGUCCGCCGGGGCCACCAGGAGUUCCUGGUAUUGAUGGCAUAGAUGGGGAGAGAGGUCCGAACGGCCCCCCUGGUCCACCGGGUCCAGAUGGGGAUGCAGGCAAACCAGGAUCCCCUGGCCUGCCUGGAGAGCCAGGAGCUGAUGGAUUCACAGGACCUGAUGGCUCUCGUGGAGUCACAGGGCCAAAAGGACAGAAGGGUGAGCCAGGACUGCCAGGUGCUCGUGGACUUCCAGGUAAAGGGCUUCUUGGACCACCUGGUCCAGCUGGUGCAGCAGGACUUCCUGGGGAAGUAGGGCGUGCUGGUCCACCUGGAGAUCCAGGAAAAAGAGGGCCACCAGGGCUGCCAGGGCUACCAGGUCCUCGGGGAACAAUUGGCCUGCAAGAUGGUGACCCAUUGUGUCCCAAUGCCUGUCCACCUGGCCGCCCAGGACAUGCUGGCUUAAUGGGAAUGAAGGGACAGAAAGGUUCAAAAGGAGAGUCUGGUGAACCAGGAAAACAAGGUUAUAAGGGUGAAGAAGGGGACCAAGGACCCAGUGGUGAAGUGGGAGCUCAAGGCCCUCCAGGCAUCCUAGGUGUAAGAGGUAUAACUGGUAUAAUGGGACCUAAAGGUACCAAAGGAGCUCGUGGGCUUGAUGGUGAGCCUGGUCCUCAAGGUCUUCCUGGUGUACCUGGGGAUCAAGGACAGAGAGGUCCACUGGGAGAGGCAGGUCCAAAGGGAGAAAGGGGCCCUCAAGGUACAAGAGGAAUAAAUGGUCUCCCUGGGCCUAAAGGAGAGUGUGGCUUACCAGGAGUUGAUGGCCGGGAAGGGAUCCCUGGAAUGCCUGGAGCAAAAGGUGAACCAGGAAAACCCGGAGCUCCAGGUGAUGCAGGGCUUCAGGGACUGCCAGGUUUACCAGGCUCUCCAGGUGUAAAGGGCAUUCCUGGCCCAAAGGGUAACAGAGGUCCACCUGGUGUGCCAGGUUUGAUGGGAAAUUCUGGUAAACCGGGUGAACGGGGGCCAGAGGGAGAAGCAGGUCCGACAGGACCCCGGGGGCCACCAGGCAGCAGAGGGGAGCCAGGUCCUUCAGGUCCUCCAGGUUUACCAGGGAAAUUGGGUGCCCAGGGUGAUAUUGGACUUCCUGGACUGCCAGGUCCUCCAGGUCUACCUGGUGGUAAGGGUGACCGGGGUUCGGUGGGUGAACCAGGACCAAAGGGUGAACAGGGUGCACCUGGGGCAGAAGGAGAUGGAGGACAAAAGGGUGACUUAGGUGAUAUGGGAUUACCAGGAGCCAAGGGAGCUGUUGGCAAUCCUGGAGACUCUGGCUCCCGUGGCCCGGAGGGAAGCCGGGGGCUGCCUGGCGUGGAGGGGCCGCGGGGCUCCCCUGGGCCCCGAGGUCUGCAAGGUGAACAGGGUGCCCCAGGGCUGCCUGGCAGCGAGGGGCCAGCUGGAAAAGAACCAACCGAUCAGCACAUUAAGCAGGUUUGCAUGAGAGUCAUGCAAGAACAACUAGCUCAGCUGGCAGCCAGUCUUAAGAGGCCAGAAUUUGGUGCUCCAGGUCUUCCUGGCCAACCUGGGCCACCAGGUGCUCCAGGGCCUGCUGGCGAAAAUGGCUUCCCAGGACAGCUUGGCCCCCGUGGCUUGCCUGGCCUUAAAGGUCCCCCUGGUGAGAUCGGUCGUAAAGGUCCUAAAGGUGAACCAGGAGAAAGAGGAGAAAGAGGAUUCCCAGGCAGAGGACUGAAAGGUUACCCUGGACCACGAGGUCUUCCAGGUGAGCCAGGCAAGCCCAGCUACGGCCGGGAAGGCCGCGACGGUGCCCGAGGUCUCCCGGGGGUGGCAGGUCAGCCGGGGGUUCCUGGUCCUCCUGGCCCUCCCGGCCCCCCCGGGUACUGCGAGCCCUCGUCGUGCAGAGUGCAGGCUGGACAGAGGGCUGCUAAGAACAUGAAAGGGCCAUGAAUGGGCAACGCACGAGCUGUGGAGUGUUGGCAUCAAUUUACCUCCUGCACAGACAGCUGAGACAAAAAUAAGUAAUGAAGAAGAAAUCAAACCAGCAAGAAAUCUUUCCACCAAGGUUUCAGUGAGGCAUUUUUAACACAGUGGUUGUACAUUCUUUCUAAAGGUGUGCAUAGCAACACGAGCUGGAACAAUAGUGCUUACAGAAUACACAGGUGAUGCCUUUUGCCUUUUCUCCCUUUCUGGCAGGGGAAAAAAGGCACUUGUCCCUUUUUUUUAUUUUUAAUAAAGAGUUUCUGUGAUUCAUCCUCCUUCCCCACUUAAUUUCUAUGUAUGAUGUACAGUGAAAUAAUGUGUCUUCAGUCAUCAAAUAAAAAAGGAAGAGUUUAUUUACUUCAGUUGUAGCUAUUCUUUUAUACUUGUAAAUGAAUUCCAGAGCAUCCCUAAGCAGAUUUCAUCACUUGAUGCGCAGUCAUGCUAAGCCUCCCCCAGCUCUUAACUUCAAUUGUAGAAAUACAGGUGGGAGGCUGUUCUUAUGAAAACCUGCCACCCCUGACAACUUUUAAAUGUUAGUCUUUGUAAAAGUGUGAUCACUGGGUUCUUGUGAAUAAGCCACGUGGAAUAACCUCUUCAUUUUCCAUUCCAAUUUGUGUUGCAUUCGUCAUUUUAUAUGAAGCCUAUUUCAGCCUGCCUCCUUCUAUGUUAAAUUAAAAUAAAAGGCUAGCAGCCACUGUCAAGGGAAUUUUAAGUCCCAGAAAUAGAAAAGUUUUAUAGUAGAGAUUACAGAUUUUGAAGUAACAUCUGCGGUUGUACAAAAAAACCCAAAUAAAUAGUGUUUUACCCCCCCUACGUAUUUUUCUGUGUAUGGUUACUUUCAGUACCAAUAAACCGAACAGCCGGAAGAUGGCCAUUAGACAUCCCAAGUUGCCUUUUUUAGAUAAACUCAGUUUUUAGAUGAAAAUGUGCAAUGUGGAUAUUUUGUUUCUCUCUGUAUAAAUUAAACUAUUUGUGGUUUUGACUUUUCUUUCUCUGACGUGUAUUCUCUCUCUCAAAGAAAACAAUGAAACUAUCCUAUGAUGUUUCCUUUCAUUUCAGUAUUAGUCAUCCAAAUGUUCAAAUACAAAUGUUAGCACACUUGCUUUAAGCAUUGAUUUUUUUCUGAGCCCUUACUUGUCUUUUUACGUUCAAAAUAGUUAACUUGCAUGGCAUGUGGAAAUAUAAAGAAAUAACGUGGUCAUUUGAACUAUGCAUUUUGCAUGCAAUGCAUAAGACAGCAGUAAAGGUCGUGGUGUAACAUAUACUCUACAGGAAUUAUUGAAAAAAACAAUAGAUGAACCUUCCCCAAACCCAACCUGAUGCUCCAGCUGCUUCUGAGGCCACUUCUCAGGCACCUCAUGUGUUGGGAGAAAAUGCCUAGAGAUCACUUGGGAGAAAAAAAAAGUCUGAUAAAUCUGCCUAUUGAAAGAAACUAUAUUGGUACAUUUAUUUGAGACUUUUGAGACUGAGUUAAAUGGGAUUAAUUUUGGUAAUCUCGAUGUUCUUUGCACAGCCCAAUAUUUUAAAUGAUAAAAUAUAAUAGAGAUUGAAUCUCUACAAGUAAGUUUACCUAAUCUACAAGUGUCUGCUGCUCUCUCUUUAGUUCCGUAGAGGCAGCACGGGGUGAGGUUUCAGAGAAAAGGCGGGAGAGGAAAAUAGACAUAAAGAGCUGUGUCAUUCUUCUGGAGCCUCUGGGCAAAGCU